CUCGUGAGCAGGGUUACCUGUCAGGGCCAAUCCGAAGAGACGAAUGGUCACGCUUCGAGUUAUAUGCGCAGUUCAUCCGCAUUCUCUACAACGAUGAGAGACUUGAUUCUUCUGUCUUCUUCUACCUCCAUCAGCACACACACGGCACACCACUCUUUCCCAACUUGCGCGAGCUCAUAUGGGGCCAUGCCACUCCUGAGAUUGUCUCGGUCAUCUCACCCAGCAUUCGACUUCUGGAUCUGGAUGGCGAAGAGAAUAACAAUCAUACGGACGAGAUCGGGUAUCGCAUGCGGCGGCACGCGUUCACAACGUUGCUCCCUGGUAUACUUUGCAGUAUUCCCGAACUACGUGAACUCCGUAUCCGGCCACUCGGACAUCCCGGCUUCUGGGACCAAUUCGCGCCUCCACAUAACCGCUGUUUUGUCGCCCAGAACGUCCGCAUCCUCCACAUAUCAGAAUCGUUCCCCAUCCUGAUGGGCGGUGCCCUUCCCGUCGUCUCUACCAUCCAGGAGCUUGCAUCGCUGAAUAUAGGCUUCCCAGAAUCAGACUGGGAUGAUCAUGCCAAUUAUGAUCUCCAGCCAGACGACUGGGACAAAGGGUCGAUCCACCCCUUGUCGAAGCUGCGACACCUGCAGAUCACCAGCCGCAUCACAGCGAUAGCGACCCUCGUCGAUGCAAUCGUUGCGCCCGAACUGGAAGACAUCCAGCUGGAGAGUACUUUGCGAGAGAGUUCUGUCGUAGCAGCUGCCGCAAUACGUGCCGUCCUGGGCACACUGUGCUCCCGGAACAAGUCAUCAAUACGGAAAGUCCACUUGGACUUGCGCGGGUUGGAGUACAACCCGCGCCGAGACUCUACGCAGUCGUCCGAGUUUGGAGCGUCAAUCUUCACGCUGCUGAAACCGACGCUACAAUUUCAGCACCUUCGCGAGCUCAGCAUUUUGGUGUCCUUUGGCUUCAGAAAACCUCUAGAGUUUCCGGGGCCUACCAUGCUGACCGCAUGGCCCAACCUACGAAAGCUUCUCCUCCAUGGAGUUGUGAUCAGUCCGGACUCGCUUCGGGCCGCCGCACGCGCUUGCCCUCAUCUACAGAGCCUGACGGCACAAGGCUUGUCUGAGGACUUCCGCCAUAUACCUGCAUCGACUCUGGACCAGCAUGAUGGCUCUCUACGUGACGCGUCGUCUUCCAACGCAGGCGGACACGGGCUUCAGGAGCUGCGCCUUCUACGGCCUUCGGACAUGGUCCCUGCGGACGUCAUCAAGAUCGCGCAGUUCCUGGCCGGGCUCUUCCCCAGACUCUGCGCCGAGCGGAGCUCAGGGAGAGGCAUAUAUUCUAGUAGGAGCUGGAACAACGUCCUCAAAGAGUUGACCAAAAUUCAGGUAUCACAAGGGAGCCGCCGAGCGUGAUGUCGAACGCGUUUACGAUAGUUUCAUUCGAUGCGCUUUGACACUAUGAUCGGACUACGCGUGUUCCAACGAUGGCUCCCCAGGGACACGCAACACUGGCAAUGGCAUGUCGUGCUGCUGCUGCUCGCGUCAAAGAAUGGUAGUCAACGCGAU